AAUUGACGAAGAAGUCUGUCGGUUCCAGUUUGCCAGACAAGACCGACUGGCUGCGGGAUUCAAGACUGGAUAAGAAUUUAAUUACUUAUUUAUUUAUUUUUUAACUGUUCCUUUUUUCGGCUAGAACUGUUGCUAAUAGUCGCUGUGACUGAGCCGACACCGAGCCGAUACCGAGCCGAUACCGAGCCGACACUCAGCUGUGACUGAAUCGACACCGAGCUGUGACUGAGCUGACACUGAGACUGACAUCAUGGGAGAGAGAAAAGGAGUGAACAAAUAUUACCCUCCAGAUUUUGACCCUGCUAAGCAUCGCUCUAUCAAUGGCUACCGGAACACUCACCCACUGCGUGAGAGAGCCAGGAAGCUCUCCCAGGGCAUCCUCAUUAUCAGGUUUGAGAUGCCCUACAAUAUUUGGUGUGAUGGCUGUAAGAAUCACAUAGGCAUGGGGGUUCGCUACAAUGCGGAAAAGAAGAAAGUGGGAAAUUACUACACUACACCAAUAUACAGGUUCAGAAUGAAGUGCCACUUGUGUGUGAACUACAUCGAGAUGCAGACAGAUCCAGCUACGUGUGAUUACGUCAUCGUGAGCGGUGCGAAUCGCAAAGAGGAGAGAUGGAACAUGGCUGAAAAUGAACAAAUACUGACCACCGAGCACACAGAGAAGGAAAAGCUUGAGACCGAUGCCAUGUACAAACUGGAUCACGGUGGGAAAGACAAAGAGAAGCUGCGUGCCGCGAUUCCAUCUCUCUCUGAGCUGCAAGAGUUCCAGUCAGGAUGGAAGGACGACUUCCAGCUCAACAGCUCCCUCCGCAGGAAGUUUAGGGAGGAGAAGAAGGCCAUAUGUGAAGAGGAGGAGAAGGACAAUGCCAUGAGGAAGAGGAUGGGUCUGUCUAUACCUUUAGUACCUGAGAAAGACGAGGACAAAAAGCUGGCCUCACUCCUCACCUUCCAGACCCCUGACACAUAUGAGGACAGACAGCAUAUGAAGAGGAAGCAGAUUUCCUCUCGCUCCUGGUUUUCUUUGUCUUCCUCCACUCCAUCGGGCAGCGCUGUGGGAAACCUCCUGAACAAACUGAGCCAGAAGGGCAGAGACGCCGCUGCCUCCAAAGCUCUGAACACCUCACCAAGCAGCUCCCUCGUCCGCAGGAGGUCAGACGGUUGUGUCUCAGUCAUCAAUAAUCCCGUCCCGGCCUCGUGUUCCAUCCAGGAGUCCGUUUCAUGUCCCAACAAAAUGUCGGAAAACGCUGACCCGUCCGACGGACAAUGUUCAGUGGAUACUCGGCACACGUACAGACCAACCGCAAAGUCAUUAGUGGCAGAUUACAGUGACUCAGACUCUGAUUCGGGUCAGUGAGAACGGACCGAGAUGAAACCGCAGCUGAAAACAAUGUGCAUGUGUUCAUAGAAGAGGAGGAGAGGAGCGAUAACGUGGGCUCUGUCAAAUCUGUACAAAUAGGACACAAAGAUUCACAUCACUGAGCUCUUUACAGUCAGUUGUAGAAUUUCUGGAACAUUUCAUUGUCUGAAAUCUACGUUACACUUCGUUCUUCCUGUUCAUUUGGAGAAACAUUUAUUGUGAAUGAAUGGAACAUCUCAGUUUUUACUGUAACAAUAAAUCAAUAUCAGUGUUUAUUGA